CAGCUGUUUGGGGGAGCAAGCUUGCAGUCUGCAUUUUCUGGAGCUGCCUUGAGGUGUCCCCAUGCUGCUGACUGGCCAGACUAAAUGGUCAGCCCUGCUGCUGGCCAUAGUGGUCUCUUCCCUCUGCUUAGCCCUUCCCUUAGAUGAUGAGCGCAAAGCUCUUAUAAGGAAAGAAGAAAUGUUGCAAAUUGGUGGGAAGCUGUUGUUAACAGAACAAGAAGAACUGGCCAAUAAGAAACUAAUGGACCUCAAAAAUUCAGAGAUUACACAGGCAAUGAAGAAAAGUCAAUUUCCGCCUAGUAUGCACUUCUUCCAGGCCAAGAAGCUCAUUGAAGAAAGUAAAAUAUUUCAUGUCUUAAAGAAGAUGCCAAAAGGAGCUGCUUUACACCUCCAUGACUUUGGCAUCCUGAGUGUUGACUGGUUGGUGAGGAAUGUUACCUACAGACCCCACUGCCAUCUCUGUUUCACUCCAUGUGGCAACCUGAAGUUCAGAUUUGCUGACCCUGCCCCUCCAACCCCAAAGCCAGAAGACUGCUCUGAGUGGAUUUUGCUAGCGAAGUAUAGGAGGCAGCUGCAAAAUGUCACUGAGUUUGACCACAGUUUGCUGAAAAACUUCACACUGGUGUUGGAGAACCCUGAGAUAGCAUACUCAGAUCAAGCCGUCAUUUGGGCAAGGUUUGAAAACAUCUUCAAUGCCAUCAAUGGCCUUGUCCAUUAUGCGCCAGUGUUUAGAGAGUACUUCGCUAGAGGUCUGGAGGAGUUCUAUGAGGACAAUGUGCAGUACUUGGAGCUAAGAGCCACGCUGUAUCCGGUAUAUGAACUAAAUGGGCAAACCUAUGACCAAGAAUGGUCACUGAAGACUUACCAAGAAGUGGCCCAGGAGUUUGCCAAAGACCAUCCUGACUUCACUGGAGCCAGAAUCAUUUAUAGCAGCAACAGGAUAAAAGAUGUGGCUCACAUUACUGAAUCUGUCCGGAUAGCUAUGAAGCUCAGAGUCAAGUUCCCAGAGAGCAUGGCAGGAUUUGACCUGGUGGGUCAAGAGGACAAGGGGCAUUCCUUGUGGGAGCUGAAGGAAGCUUUGCUCCUCCCAGCCACUCAAGGCUUUGACUUGCCUUACUUCUUCCACGCUGGAGAGACAGAUUGGCAGGGCACUUCCAUAGAUGAGAACGUUCUAGAUGCCCUAGUGCUGAACACCACCAGGAUUGGCCAUGGAUUUGCUCUGGGCAGACACCCGAUGGCCAGAAAUAUCUCUUGGAAUAGGGACAUUCCUAUAGAAGUGUGUCCCAUCUCUAACCAGGUUCUCCAGUUGGUAUCUGACCUAAGGAACCACCCAGCGGCUUCUCUAAUGUCCAGUGGGCACCCUAUGGUGGUCAGUUCUGAUGACCCAUCUAUGUUUGGGGCCAAGGGCCUGUCUUAUGACUUCUAUGAAGCUUUCAUGGGCAUUGGAGGGAUGAAGGCUAACUUGAGGACCCUCAAACAGUUGGCAUUGAAUUCAAUCAAGUAUAGCUCCCUGUCAGUGGACAAGAAGAAAACCACUAAUGAAGUCUGGCAGAAGAAAUGGGACAAGUUUGUGGAUGACCUGGCCAGGGGGAUGAAGCUAUGAAGUAACAUAUCUAUUGAGGAUUUUCUUGAGGCCAUACCUGCAAGAAUUGAGCCUUCUUGAAGAAACACCUCAUGUAUCUAUAUCCUGGCUCAUAUUCUGAUAUUUGGAAGAGAAAAGUAAUAAGCUGGCCCUGUCACCUCUGCAAAUAAAUGAAUCUGUGGGACUCUUCAGAGCCGUGGGGCUUGUGGCCCAUAUAGCCAGACAGUGACAAAUUCCUUGAACUCCUAGGCAAACUAAUGCUUUCCUGUGUGCCCAUCAUCUUGAAUCCUGGCUGGCAGUCAGCCCUUUCUCCUUUAGCUUAUGCCCUUAGGGUGGGUUUUGGCAGAAUAAAACCUGCUACUAGAAGCAGCAGAUAGUGCAGUAAAAAGAGCAUUGGAUUUGGAGGCAGGACACUUAUGUUCGAGUCUUGCUCCUGACUAGUUGUGUAGCCUUGGAAAAUUCACUUAACCUUGCUCAGUGUUUGUUUUUUUCAGAUGUAAGAUAGAGAUAAUAAAAUUUACACUACCUACCUCACAGGGCUAUAGAAAUGGGAGCUAUUAUUCUACUUAUCAGAAGUGCUCUGAGUGGAAGGUUUGAGUGGAUAAUGUCUAAGGUAGCUCUGACUCAAGGAUCUGGUUGCUCUCUGAUUGAUAACUCUCACCAAUGCUUAGGACAGUGUCUUUAGGUCCCAAACUAAUAAUAAGUCUAGUUUAAAAAAGUUAGGAAAAGUGGGACUGUCCCAGUGAGAUAUAUAGGAUUGCCACAGCAGGAUGCCAUGGCAGUGAAUGGGCAUCAGCAGUAUAGCACCCAGGACCCAAGUACCUACUUGGUAAAAUGAGAUAGUUGAUAUUCAUGGAGUUGUGACCUAAUUCAACCAUUUUGUAGAGCAAUUUGGAACUAUAUCCCAAGGACUAUAAAAGCAUGCAUACUCUUUGACCUGGCAAUACCACUACUAGGUCUGUACCCCAAAGAGAUCAAAGAAAAAGAAAAAUGACCUAUAUGUACAGAAAUAUUUAUAGCAGCUCUUUUUGUGGUGGCACUAAAUUGGAAAUUGAGAGGAUGGCUAAACAAGUUGUGUUAUAUGAUCGUGAUGGAGUACUAUUGUGUUAUAAGAAAUGACAAGAGGCAUGGUCUCAGAAAAAACAUGGCAAGAUCUAUAUGAACUGAUGCAAAAUGAAGUGGUUUUGUUCCUCAGUGCCUGGCAUGUAGUAAGUACUUAAUAAAAUUUUUCAUUCAUCC